AUGGACGACAGCGCUGCGGGAGCUCCGAUGCCCGGGGAAGAAGGCCUCGGCGCCCUCUCUCGCUCUUCCUUCGUUGACAGAAUGAGGAGAGUCACCUCUGCUCCUGCACCCUCGCGCGCCUCGUCGUUUGUUGCGCGAGCUCUUUCCGCGUUUUCUCUUGGAUCUCCUGGAUCCGCGCGAAGGGAACAGAAGCAAGAAGGUGCAACAGGAAGUCCAGUCUCCUCCUCUUUUGCCUUCACACCCGAUCAGACGAAGGCUGCGAGUGUCUCCCGCAAAGCCUCAGCCUGCGUGCCGGAGAGACUCUCCACUCUCUCGUCUGCAAGCCUCAGCGUUGGUGAGCUUCCGUCGCUUCUUCGCGCGUUCUCUCUUCCAGAAGAGAGACUGAACUUCGACCCUCUCGCAGAGGACAUUCCUCCCGCGCUGCUGCCUGUGUGUGGGGUGCCGCUUGUUGUCUUCGCUCUCGACUUCCUAGCCAGGAACGGCGCCACAGACAUUUUCGUUCUGUUGAAAAACAACCGAGAAGGCCAAGAAAUUCAGAAAGUGGUGCAGGAACAGCAGCCUCUCCUUCAGCGCAGAUUUGCGAGUCGCUUACAGUCUCUGCAGAUUCUGGCUGUUUUCGUUUCGCCGACUGUCGAGACACUCGGGGACGCGCUGAGAGACUUUGACUCACGCGUCAAUUUUUCCAAAGAUUUUCUGCUGUUGUCUGCGACGACAUUCAUCGUGGGAGACAUCCACGAGGCCCUUGCGAGUCACCGUGAGCGACGAUCGAGAGGAAGGCGAACAUCUCUGCAGACCGGCGAACAACUUGUGACACAAAUUUUGUGUUCCCUUCCUGUUGUUUCACCUCACCGACACCUCUCCGAUGACCGGGCCAUUGUUCUCAACGGGGAAACGAAAGAAGUCGUAAAAUGUGUGUCUCUACGUUCCAGAGACUCCGCUGGUCUAGACGAAGUCUGCCUUCUUCGGGCUCCCAGCGACGAUAGUUCUGGACACCUGGAGGUGCACUAUGACCUAGUCGACGCAGGAGUGUACAUUUGCUCGCCGAAAGUUCUGAAAAUUUUCCGCUAUUCCUUCGACUUCCAGUCGAUGACAAAAGAUUUCAUUCCCGCCGUUGUUCACCGCGAUAUCAAACUCCACGCUGUCUUUGCUCACAUUCUCAAAGAGAAAGCCUCUUGCUCCGAAUACAAGCCGUUCGCCGCGCAGGUCUCCGAUCCGCGGUCGUAUUUCGCUGCAUGCCAAAGUGUGGUUGACAGGUGGUUGUACCCCAUCGUCCCUGAGGUUCUUUCAAUUUUCCUCGGGCAGGCGAAGCUCAAAUACAAGGGAGCAGGCACUUACCAGGCCGACUCGGUGGUGGUUGGAAGUCGCAGCGAAGUCGGGGCUCUGAGCGUGGUUGAGGACUCCACAGAGAUCGGAGAGGACUCUUCCGUUCGAUCUUCCUUCCUGGGCUCUGGCUGUCGAAUCGGCAAAGGAGUGGUUGUUGAAGGAUCGAUUCUGCUGGACCACGUGCAUGUCGCAGAUGGCGCCGUGAUUCGCGACUCACUGCUCUUCCCUUUCGCUUCGGUCAAGAGAGGAGCGGAAGUCGCCCGGGGCUGUCUCCUCGGCAAACAUGUGAUCUUGGGAGAAGAGCGAUCUCUUCCGCCCUUCACCCGCAUUCACCUGCCUCUCGGCGACCACUCGGAGAAAGGAUCGCAGGCGACGGCCGACGCGCCUGCGUCCAGUGUCGCCGUCGUCGGCGGAGACGGCAGAGGCGUCGUUGUUUCAAGGGAACAGAAAGACACAGGAAAUCUACGGAUCCUCCUCACCUCACCCGGGGCUUCUAUCGCUCCAGCUGUCGAUCUACCUGUACCCAAGUUCACCCGAAACCCAGGAGAGGACGAGUCUAACGCAGACCAACUCCUGAGUUGUGCGACAUUUCCAGUGUCGUUGAAAGGUCUUCCUGCGUUGGAGAAUGUGGCAGUUUCGAGCUUCAGCGACGGUCUAGAUGAAAAGCUGUUUUCUUUGUGUUUGAGCUUUUUGCGGAGUUCCUCUUUUGAGGAGCAACAGCGUUGCCGGGCCGCUGUUGAAGAGUACCUGGCUGCCCAAAACUUCUUCGCAGAUAAGACGAAUCUGAGCUUCCCCGCCAGGCAUGCUCUGCGAGCUUUCUUGUUUCAGUUGGCCUCACUCGGGGCAACGAAUCCGGAGGUUUGGAGGCGGUACGUCGCUGAGCACCGAGUCGACUCACUGUUCGCCGCGGUUUUGCCGGUGGAUCACAUGAGUGCGGCGGCGUUUUUUCCUCUUUGGUCAGAAUGCCUUAUGUUCUGCCAGCAAUCUGCAUUUUACUUGCCUGUGCGAAGUCACGGGUCUCAGGACGCCGCAGGAUCACAGCCGGGUGUGAUUGUAAAUCCUCUCUACGGGCCUGCAGCUUUCUGUUCUGUCGUAGAAACCAUGCAGGCCUCAGAUUUGCUCGAGUGCGAAAUUUCGUUGCCUCUUUGGUUUGCGGCGAUGAAGAGAAGGCCCCAGGGCGUAGAGGGCGCUUGUGCCGAGUACCUCAACAACCCGCGGCUGGUCGCGUUCUGCGAGUGGCUGGCCCACGAAUAAAGAACGUCAAGUGAAGAAGCUGGUGGAUAUCUGCCUCUGCCGUGUGUUAGGAAAGGAACAGACAUGUGCUGGCUAGCUGCACAAGGGAUGCUCCUUUGGAAGUGUCCUUCCCAUUUUCUUUUUUCGACUUGCGCGGUUUCUCGAGUUGUGUAGUUCUUCAGUGAAAGAACGCGUUCCGACCCGUUACCAGGGUUUCGAGAGUCUGGCAUCUUCGAGUAAAUGCAACGGCAGAUUGAGACUAUUUGCAAUCCGUGGUCUAGCUUUUUGAGCUUGGUGCUGGCGUUAAAAGGAAUUCGGUC